AUGGAAGUUGAAGAUAAACUUGUUUGGAGCUAUGAUGAGAAAGGGCAGUUUUCUGUGAAGAGUGCUUAUAUUUUGGAGUUUGACAGUAAAAGAGCAAAAAGAGGUGAAACUUCAAGGGUUAGAGAAGUGGAUAGAAGGUGGAAAGACAUGUGGAAACUAAAGGUUCCAGAGAAGGUAAAGCUAUUCAUGUGGAAAGCAGGAAAUGAAAUAUUACCUACAAGAAGGAAUCUGCAGCUUAGAAAAAUUGUUGAGGAUUCAAUAUGUCCAAUAUGUAAGGAGAUAGAGGAGACUGUCAUGCAUGUUAUAUGGCAGUGCCCAGCAGCUAGUGAUGUUUGGGCAGAAUUCAACAAAAUUUUACAGAAAUGGAGUUUGAAUGAAGAUGAUCUGCUUUCUUUAUGGAAAAAGUUGGUGGACAAGGUGGGAAAGGCUGAGAUGGGAGAGAUAGCUUCUGUCAUGAGAGAAAUAAGGAACCAAGUAUGGAAGAAACCAAGAGAGAGUUUUAUCAAGGCCAACUGGGAUGCUACAGUGGAUCAAAAAGAAAAGAAGAUGAGAAUUGGGGUUAUGAUCAGAGAUGAAGAAGGGGAAGUUUUGGUUGUAGUUGAGGGCCACCAGAGAAAUGUAGAUCAACCAGCAGUAGCUAAAAGCUAUGCCUUGUGGAAGGGUGAUGCCCAACUGAUUGUCAAGGCAGUUAAUAAUCAGGAAGAAGAUAGGUCUGUUUAUGGGAGUAUUGUGGAAGCUAGCAAGAAGUUAAUCAGUUCAUGGAAAGACUGGAGUGUUGAAUUCGUGUACAGAAAUGCAAACGAGGCAGCACAUACUUUAGCAAAGGAAGCAUUACAUUUAGACACAGAAAUUGUUUGGAUAGAGGAGACACCAAAUUGUAUUAGAAAUAUUACUGAGAGAGAGAGAACUUGUAAAGAGGGAUCUUGUUUAUAUCAGUAA